AACAAAGUAUAGUCGCCAUACCAGUCCUGCCCGUUUGGUCACUGCUCCUCGCGCAUGCGCAGCACGGCUCUCCAGGAGCCAUGCGGAACUGCUCAACCUCGGCCAGUGUAGCCUACGCUACAAAAGAUGGAGAGGUAAUUGGGUUGUUGGAAGAUGCCUGUCCAAGGUUAGUAUAAGGCCAUGGCAGCAGCGUAGGGGGGCAAACUCUUGACACAAAAAUGAAAGGACAAUCAGAAGAUGACCACAACUGGGCAGCCCAGUGCAUUUUGCUGGCUGCAUCAACUGGACCUUUUCAGAGCUAACAACCAAGAAAGUUUUGCACAUAUCCUUAAAAGAGUUGAACGGGACCUUUACUCCUGGAUGUAAGGGCUGGGAGAGCUUAUUAACAAGGUUCUGCUCUAAUGAAAUGUUUUGUAUUGUAGACAUGUGUCCUUUUUCCACUGAUCUAACGUAUUGUAAUUCUCACUUUUGCACAGGUUGACCUGGGCGGCGGCCUGUUCAUGAUGGCAGCGCAGUUUAACCACUGCGUUAAGAAGUCUGCUGCCGACUCGAAAAUGGUGCGGAAUACCGCCCUGGCGUUCUGGACACACGAAGAGCUGUUGGUGCGGAGUGUUAUGGGGAAUCCCUCCCGCCGAUUUCUCAAGGAGUGUCCUGAGGGCACAAAGUAGCCUAUGACGCCCAAGAAAUUAAAAAUAUUUCGGGCUGCCCUGCGUGCCUACAUUGGGAACAAGUCCGAGGAAGAAGUUGGCGCUAGGCUGGCCAAGACGAACGCAUACUUGGCCAACUACGUACAAGACACCUCCAGUAGGUGGAAAAAAGCGCAGCGGAAGAAGAGCCAAGAGGCAGCAGCUGAGGCAGAGGAGAUGGCGCUUCUGUCAAUACUGUCUCCCUUACAGCGCCCUACCUCCCCUUCUGUGGGGAAGAAAGGCACCCUGAUUUCCAGCACCCCGGACAUGGGGUGCUGGAAGAUUGAGUCUAUCAAGAUCAACGACGGUGACAACGAAAUCACGGCGUACCUCGCGCCGCACGGCGCGGUGUGGAGUACCCGGCAUCGUCCCGGGAUUGACAGUAGAGGAACUGACGGAGGCCUUUGGACAACCGAAGAACCUACCGAUACUUGGCGUUCGGAAGCUGGGCAACUCCUGUUCGGCAAUUGCAACCUUCAAACACGAGACAGUGUCGAUGUGGACGUAUUGCUACGGUUUACCUCUGAAGCGAGUGCUGUGCAGUAAACGCUACGAGAUGUGCUAUCGAUGUGGCGAGUUACUACACAGAUCAGGCGUAUGUGUCAGCGCCCAAGUUAAUUGUCGGGGAUGCGGAGUGGCAGCCCCACCCGUGGAUUACGUAUGCGAGCCCAAGUGUAAGUUGUGCGGUAAAGGUAAUUUGACAGCAGACCGGAAAUGGAAAGAAGCUUUUAGUAGUCGGUAUGCGAUAGAGAAGAGGCAAUGGGAAGCUAAGCUACUCAUGGAAGAGGAAGAUUGGAAGGGAAAGGAGGCCGAAGUGGGGAGAAGCCGAUGGGAAAAGCAUUCGGGGAGAUCCAGGAGUGAGUCAAGAAACCGGAGCGUGCCGAGAGAGAGAUCGAAUGCCUUCCCGCGGCUGUCGCAACGGCAAGAGGAGAAGCAACAGAAGGCCGCACCCGGGACUGCGGGGAGCUCCGGAGGCGCUGUCAACGACCCAGCGAGAGCCAAGUCGUCGAGCCAAAAAGUGGGUUGGGUAGACAUGGCCUCCUAGGAUAAACGCGAUGAAGAAAUGUUUAAGAUUCAGGCAGUAAAUCGCAUGCUUAAAGAACAGCUAGCGGCGAUGAGUAGGCAGAUUGCGGAGCUUCAAAUAGCUCUUAAGCCUCAUUCAGCACCUUCGAAACAUUUGCAAGUGCCGGAAAACGCAAAUGUAGGGAAACCAAAGGAGCAGAGUGCGGCUCCGCCGCCGGCUAAGAGGGCGAAGGACGUGGACAAACCCAAAAUAGAUAAGGACACAGAGACAGUGAUAGAUUUAAAAUAGUGAAAUUGGAGGCAACCUUUGAGGCAAAAUCUAACCGGGACUAUAAAUGGCGCAAGUCCUUUGAGGAACGCAUUUUGGGAAUGUUUCAAACUCUCCCAGAGCAGUUGCAUCAGCGAGAUAAGAAUUGUGGAGAUCUGGCUGGCCCUCCCCCGCGCCGACCCUCCGAACCCUAGUUUCUGGCCUCCGAAUACGUCGCGCCUCAGGGGAGCGGCCGUGGCCUCGCGUACCAGAGAUCCGUGUACGGCGCUCCCCUAGGCCAACUGACGUCACGCGACUGGCUUCCCAAGACAAAAAGGCGAAGGCUUGAAAAGGGGAAGCCGAACAAAGGAAGGCUCACUCUUGGACGGGAGCGCUCUUGGACGGUGACUCUCUCUCGAACGGUGGGACACGAAGUAUGGUGCAGCGGUGACAAAGAGACGAGGACGCUGGCGCGGGAUUUGGCGGGCGACGGACGCAGGCGCGGGGAAAGUGCGGGCAAGACGUCGAGUGGCGGACUCGACAAACGGACCGGACGGCGACCCUGGACGACGACGUCUCCAUGACGCGGUGUGUACUACUACCGCUAGGACUUAGAGCAGCUGCAGUGACAGCGGACUUACCCCCGGCCUCGCUGAUGACCGGCCCCCCGAUCCCGAAACCCCCCAAGGCAAUGAGUGAGUGAAUAAACCCU